AAUAGUGCAACAGUGAAGAUGAAAUUUUGUGCUAAUUUAGCUUUUAUGUUUACUGAAGGAGCCACAGUUUUAGAAAGAUAUGCAUUAGCAAAAGAGGCAGGUUUUAAAGCUGUGGAAACCGGGUUUCCGUUUGGUCAUAGUAUAGAGCAGGUAAAGCAAGCAAAGGAAAAUGCUGGCAUUGAACAAGUUCUCAUAAAUCUAAAAACAGGAGAUGUGAGUAAAGGUGAACUAGGUGUGACUGCAGUACCCGGAAAAGAAAAUGAAUUUAAGGAAAACUUAAGAGAAACCAUCAACUAUGCAAAAGCACUUGGAGUAAGAAAAGUACAUAUAAUGGCUGGGAAGAUAGAUGCAGUUACUCCCAAGAAUUGGGAAGUGUUUGAAAGUAAUUUAUUAUAUGCUGCAGGUGAAUUGAAGAAGGAAAAUUUAACAGGUUUAAUUGAGCCCAUAAAUCAGCAUACUGUACCAAAAUACUUCCUUAACGAUUAUACAAAAGCUGUAGAAAUUAUCAAAAGAAUUGGGAGUGAGAACUUAAAGCUUCAGCUAGAUAUUUUCCACUUGCAACAUAUUUGUGGAGACAUGUCUUACAAUAUAAAGAAUCUCAUGCCUUAUGUUGGACAUGUGCAGAUUGCACAGGUUCCAAGUCGCAAUGAACCAGAUGUUCCCGGAGAAAUCAACUAUGAAUACAUUCUCAAACAUUUAGAAAACAAUGGCUAUAAUGAUUGGAUUGCCUUAGAAUAUAAACCUGCCGGAAAUACUAAAGAAGGUCUCAAAUGGAUCAGUAAAUUUGGUUACACUCUGUGAUAUAUUAGAAAUUCCAUAAAUAAAAAUUACAAAUUGGCACAAAUAAAGUUUACAUUUUGUAACAAAUUA